CACUGAUAGGUGGCACUGACUGGCAUCACUGCUGGGCACUGACUGGCGGCACUGCUAGGCAUUGACUGGCACAACCGCUGGGCACUGACUGGUGGCAGCACUGCUGGGCUGCAUUGAUGGGCACUGGUGGAUGGCACUGGUGGGCACAGGUGGGUGGCACUGCUGGGCACAGGAAGGUGGCACUUCUGGGCACAGGUGGGUGGCACUGCUGGGCACAGGUGGGUGGAGCUAGUGGGCGGCACUGCUGGGCACAGGUGGGCGGAACUGGUGGGUGGCGCUGCUGGGCACCGAUCAUCAGGCCACUAAUCAUCAGUGCCCUGAUGAUCGGUGCCGAUCCCUCCUCUGACAACUGCCGGUUCUCUGCAGUACUUUCCUCACACUCUCACAGCGUGAGGAAAGUGCAGCCGAGAACCGGCAAUUGC